AUGGAUAGUCUUUUUAGGCUUUAGUUCUCCACAAUUUAUAAGAAGAAUAUGUUAAUAGCUUAUAGGAGCAAAGAUAUAUUCAAGGAGAGUACCUUGCCUCUCUUCGCAGGCGUUUUGCUUCUUUUAACAAAAUAUUUGGAUUAGCUUGCUAUGAUGGCACCUUUACUAAUCCCUCUUGCUAUCAGCGGUACAAGUAGAUCAACUUUAAUUUAGUUAGUUGAAGAAAAGGCAGAAAGAUACAAAGAAACUUAGAAGAUUAUGGGAUUGAAAUAGAGCGCAUACAUUACCGCAUGGAUAAGUUCUAGCUAUUCAAAAGGUGUUUUGAGUGUCUUUACUUUUAUUAUCGCUCCACUGAUCAGCGGAUUUCCUUAUGUGGAUAAUGCUGCCCCAUUUGUCAUUGCCUAUUUCUUGUACUUUAUUUGCUCCAUCCAUUAGUCACUUUGCUUUUCUACCAUGUUUUCAAAGGUGAAAAUGGCUUCAGAAAUAGGAACCAUCCUUAUGAUCAUUCCAAUAUUCUUAGUCUUUUUAAUUUUUGUAGAUGAAGUCAAAAAUAAGUCAGAAUUUUAUUGGAUUAUGGGUUUAUUCCCCUAAUGUUCAAUCGCUUUUUGCUAUAUAGCUUUGUAAUAAGAAGGAUCAAUGUUUUAUUAGAAUGGAAAUCUAAUUAGCUCAUACUACAGUUCUAGCGAUGCAAUUAUUUAGCUUUCAUUCAUGAUUUUCGUUUACAUAAUUCUUUAUUUCUAUCUUGAUUAAGUCAUUCCUAACGAGUAUGGUGUUUCUAAGCAUCCUCUCUUCUUUGUGAUUAAUUUAUUUAAAAAGUCAGAUAAAACAUCUUCAAAUAGAUUAAAAUCUAAAAAUAACUCUCUCAUCCAACCAUUGAACCAAAAUGAUGAAGAAUAAGUCAGUGUUUUCUAAAACCCACAAGAUACUUCUUCUGCCCUUUUCCAUGAGGUUUAUCCUAAUGAAAAGAACUUACCUGCUCGUGUAAUUAUAAAAUCUCUCUAAAAGGUGUUUGGUGAUUUUACUGCCGUCGAUAAAAUAUCAAUAAACCUUUACGAAUCUAAUAUUUUCUGCUUAUUAGGUCACAACGGAGCUGGUAAAACUACUACUAUUUCUCUUUUGACGGGAUUGAUUAGCAAGACAUCUGGUAAUGUUUAAAUUUAUGACAAGGAUUUAGAGACUGACAUAGAUCAAAUUAGAAAUAAUAUCGGUUUGUGUACUUAAAGAGACUGUCUUUAUGAUGAUUUAACAUUUAUUGAGUAGCUUAAAUUGAUUGGAUAAAUUAAAGGCUUAAGUGGUGAGAAGCUAUUAUAAGAAGUAGAAUAUAUAUUAGAAAAAACAGGUACUCAUAGUGAGGCUAAUAAAAAGGUUAAGGAAUUAUCUGGAGGCCAAAAACGUAAAUUAUCUUUAGGUAUGGCUUUGAUUGGAGGUUCAAAGAUGAUAUUUUUAGAUGAGCCUACAUCUGGAAUGGAUAACUUAAGCAGAAGAGCCAUUUGGGAUAUUUUAGAAUCUGUGCGUAGUGAAGAGCGUACUUUGGUGUUAACAACUCACCACUUAGAUGAAGCAGAAGUGCUAGCUGAUAGAAUUGGAAUUAUGGCAAAAGGAAAACUUUUAGCUGUUGGUUCAAGUUAGUUUAUUAAAAAGAAUUUCGGAGAAGGCUAUUCUCUUAGAAUAUCAGUUGAGGAAUAGCACAUUUAGGAUUUCUAAAGCUAAUGGAAAUAAGAAAUUAAGAAUAUAAUAGAAUCUAGAAUUAAAGAUUGUUAAUUCAACCCAUAAACUCCUGCUGAUACAAUCUUAUAUUUGAUCCCUUUUUCAGCACAAGCUUGUUUUGCUGAAUUAUUUCACUCUCUCGAGAAAUAUGAACACAUAAACGUUGAUUUAGAAAUGAACAGUUUAGAAGACGCUUUCAUUAAUAUUGGAAUGGAUGAAGAAAAUUUCUUAGAAAGAAAUAAUCGCAGAUUAAGUAGAAGUGGAAGCAAAAAUAAUUAGUAAAAUGAAGGAGAACACAAAAAUAUCACCAAAAAUGAGUAUACAAACUUCAAUGAUAUCUAAGUUCCUGACUGUUUGAAAAAUCCUCCAUCUUACAGCUUUGUUUCACAACUCCAAGCCAUCUUUCUUCGUAGAUUCUAUUAUACCAUAAGAAAUUCCACCAAUUGGAUAUCUUUUGUUAUUGCAUUGAUUCUUUUAAUUGCCGCUACAGUCGUUGUUGGGUUUUUCUCAAAACCUCCAGGAGUCAAUGAGAAUAAUUUCAGAUUAUCAUUUAUGAGCUAUUUUAUGGUUCUUGCUUAUACAUUCAACUCAGCUAUUUUCAUUCAACUUCCUGUUAUGGAAAGAGAAUAUCAUCUUAAGUAUGCUCUUAAUGUUAUGGGUUGCAGAGUUUUACCUUAUUGGUUGGGAACUUUCUUGUUUGAUUUUGCAGUAUUCUUUUUGACUAUUGUGAUAUUUAUUAUUCUCUGUUUUGCUUAAAAUCUUACAUAUGUUACUGAUGAGUUUGUUAACAUUUUCUUCAUUUUAGUUACUUUUGGGUCUACUUAUAUAACAUCUUCUUAUUUCUGGGGUUUUAUCUUUUAAAAAUCAAGUGCUGCUCUUAAAUUUUAUCCUUUGAUGAAUUACUUUGUAGUUUUCAGUUUACCCUGGAUUAUUAUUGGAUCUAUUUAUGAACUUUAUGACAAUAAUCUUAUUUCAACUACCUUGAAUGAGUGGCUAAAUGGAUUUUUGGAAAUUCCUUUGUAUUUAAUUAGUCCUUUAUUCUCUAUGAAUGUUGCUUUUAUUAGCGUUUAUCCUCAAACUUCUGAUGAAGGAAUUGCACAUACUGAUUUAGUAAUUACUUUAAAUGACCCUUACUAAUUCUGUUUAAUGCAGAUUGCAAGUGCAUCUAUAUUUAUGGGAUUAACUCUUUACAUUGAAUAGAGAAAGUACGGAGUAAAAAACACAGGCAAUUAAUAAAAUGAAGCUUAAAUACUAGCAUAAAUUGAAGAAUAAGGUGAUCAACUUGUGGAAGAAGAAAAUCAAAAAGUAGUUAAAUUAGAAAACUAAACUGUUAGAGUGAAAGGAUUAACAAAGAUUUAUGAUAAUGGUACUCUUGCUAUUAAAAAUACUAACUUUACUUUUGGUAAAGGAGAAAUAUUUGGUCUAUUAGGUCCUAAUGGAGCAGGAAAAUCAUCAACUUUUAGUAUCUUAACUAGUUUGAUCCCUAAAUCCUAUGGAUCACUCAAAAUUAAGAAUAUAGAAGUUGACAAAGGUAUCAUGGAAAUCUACUAAGAUGUUGGUAUCUGUCCUUAGUUUGAUUGUCUUUGGGAAAAUCUUUCACCUCCAGAGCACUUGAAGCUCUUCGGAAGAAUGAAAGGUUUGAAGGGCAAAGAUCUUGAUGAAUCAGUUGAUUACUUCUUAAAGGCUAUGUAAUUGACAGAAAUGGUAAAAAAGAAAGCAGGAUAAUUAAGUGGAGGUAAUAAGAGAAAGUUAUGUGUCGCUAAUGCUUUGAUUGGAGGUCCAGAUGUUUAAUUUUUCGAUGAACCAUCUACUGGUGUUGAUCCUAUUGCAAGAAGAUUCUUAUGGAAUACCUUGAAUAUGGGAAUAAAGCUAAGAAAUUCAGCUAUUUGUAUGACUACGCAUACUAUGGAAGAAGCUGAAUCUCUUUGUACUAAAAUUGGUAUACUUAUCAAGGGUUAAUUCGUAACUAUAGGAACUCCUUAAUAAUUAAGAAAUAAAUAUGGUCAAGGAUAUAAUAUUACAAUUAAGCUCAAUUAGUAAAACAAGGAUGAUAUAAAAAAAAUAUUAGAAAAAACUUUCCCUUCUAUCUCAGAAAUCCCUGAAAAGAGAAGUGAUUAUUGCCAUUUCAAUAUUAAAAAGGAAGAAUUUAAAUUCUCUAAGGCAUUUAAUCUCUGCGAAAACGAGUUAAAAGGAAAACAAAUUAUUGAGGAUUUCUCUAUCAACCAAAGUUCUCUUGAAUAAGUUUAUCUUCAAUUUAGUAGAUUCUAAAACGAUGAUUCAGAAGUAGAAAAAUAGAAUGAUAAAGCUUGA